AUGAAGCCUAGAGAUCUCGAAACGAUAGGAAUAAUCGCAUUCGAUGGCAUAACGAAAAAUGCUCUGCGAUUACAUCCGGAUGAGAAGCACCUUCUCUAUCCGAUGGGCCACAAGGUGGUCAUAAGGAACAUCGAAACCAGUGAGCAACGAUUCCUCAGUGGUCAUACGAACAAUGUCUCGGCAUUGUGUGUUUCUCCGUGCGGAAAAUACGUCGCUUCCGGCCAAAAUAAUCAUCUCGGUUUCAAGGCUAUGGUGAUCGUAUGGGAUUACAAAGAAGGCACAAUGAUGGGCAGUUACGAGACGCAUAAAGUCUGCGUCGAAGAUCUAUGCUUCACAUGCAACGGCGAUUUUCUCGUAAGCCUCGGCGGCAGAGACGAUGGCCAUGUAAUCGUCUGGGAUGUCCAGAAGAAUUCUCUUACAUGCGGAUCUUUCGCCAGCAACGAUACGAGCGGUGACGCGUAUAAUGUCGCAAGGAUGCAUCUUCAUAGUAAAUCCUUCGUCACCGCGGGCGAUAGGACUCUGAAGAUCUGGCGCAUCGAGGCGGAGAAACGAAGGGUGUACGGAGUCGAUGUGGAAGUGGGCAAAUUAAAGCGUCUCAUCAAUUGCAUCGUUGUGGACGAGAAGGACGAGAUUAUUUACUGCGGCACUUCUUCUGGUGAUAUCAUUAACGCAAGAUUAAACUUACGCGAUGAUCUGGAAUGCGGAGAAUCAUUGGCGCGUUCGCCGGUGAUGAUCGGUUGCUACUCGAAAAUAACGCGCGAUAAAAGAAAAAUGAAGACGGGCGAGGGUGAUCUGUACGCGGGCGGAGUGAGAAGCCUGCUGCUUCUAAAGGACGGGAAAUUGUUGGUCGGUGCUGGAGACGGUACCAUCGAACUUAUCCAGAUAAUAAGCAAGAAGGAAAGUCGAACGCACAAGCCGUCAAAGUUUCCUAAUACGCCGCAAAUACUCACUCAUCAAAGGGAAAACGUAUGCAGUGCCGUGACAUCCAUGGUUCUGUAUCUAAAUGAAUUUGUGCUGAUCGGAACAAACUGGUGCGAGAUCUAUCAGAUUCAGCUAUCAAAUUUUCACAUGCGUUUACUUGUCACCUCUCACACUAGCUGCAUAUACAGUGUCGCGUUUCCGCGCAUCCGUUCGGACAUAUUCGCGACAGGCGGCAAAAAUGAUGUCAGAUUGUGGCAGCUGGAAAAGCAAAAAGAGACACUUCGUAUAACUGUUGCAAAUUUCGUUUGUUCCAGUUUACAAUUUGCAUGCGACGAUCAAAUGCUGUUUUCUGCUUGGAACGAUGGUACAAUAAGAGCAUUUGCAUCGCACAACGGGCAGCUUCAUUUCGCCAUUCAUAACGCCCAUACAAAAGCCGUAUCCACGGUCGCGGUCACGAGCGACGGUGUGACACUCAUUAGCGGUGGUUGCGAUGGCCAGGUGCGAAUAUGGGAGAUAAAAGCCAACAUGCAGCGAUUGAUUAGUAUAUUAAAAGAACAUCGAGGACCGAUAACAUCUUUGCACAUCUCAAACAAUAAUGAGAAAUUAAUUAGUUCAAGUACAGACGGCACAUGUGUCAUCUGGGAUAUAACACGUUGCACUAGGAAACAUACCCUCAUGGGAAACACGAUGUUCAUGAUGGCGCAAUUCACAUCCGACGAUAUCCAAAUUUUGACAUGCGGUACAGAUCGAAAGAUCGCUUAUUGGGAGACUCUGGAUGGCUCGUUAGUGCGAGAAAUUGAAGGUUCCAAUGUUGGAACGUUAAACUGCUUGGACAUCAGUCCUGACGGUCAGUGUUUCGUCACCGGAUCCAACGAUUGCACCGUUAAAAUUUGGGAAUACGAUAGUGCGGAUCUUCUUCACGUCGGUGUUUCCCACGCAGCGAUAAUCACCGGGUGUAAAUUUAGUCCGGACGGCAAGUAUAUAGUGACAACUAGCGCCGAUGGAGCGAUUAUAAUUUGGAAAUAUUCAUCCGAAAUCUUGGAGGACUCAAAGUCUACGAGUGAAACAAAAAAAACCGCUAGCUCCAUACAUAGCCCGCGAAACGAUGAGAAAGUAUCUUUGCAAAAAGCAGAAGAUAAAGAUAUCGCAGCGGAUCAAACUGUACGAUCUUCCACAAAGUCUACUUCAUCAUGUACAAGUGGUGAUCGAAAACAGCUAUCAGUUGUUUCUGAUCAAAGUAAAGGAUCUAAAAAAGACGCUUAUGAGAGGAAAAUAUCCGUUUGUAAAUGUACAUCAAUAAGAUCAGCAAGUUCUAAAUCAAGUGCAGGCACAUUGAACAAAUGUCAAUGUAAAGUUACAAAAAGUGAUAUAUCAUCUAACAAAGUAAAGGCAAUGGAACAAUUGAAAGGAUCUUCAGAUGUGUGCAGCAACAAAUCCAUUACAUCAAAUAAUGCACAAUAAACAAUUCAUCAAAUUGAUUAAUUCAUCAGAGAUUUUAAUAUAUCACU